AUGAAUUGGGAAACCGCUAGAGAACCUCUACCUCUCAAAUCGAUCUCCUCUCUGCCGACGAUGGAUGCCGAUGAGCCUCUAUUUUCCUCCGGCAGGAUGCUCCUCAAGCCGCAACAGCUACCUGGGAUUGAGUUGCUAUCAUUCGAAGUUGCCUCUGACUUGUGUGAGCUCGGAUCGACACUCUCUCUUGCCCAAACCCAUAGCACCCCCGGAGGAAGGAGAAUACGACAACGAGACUGGGAUCUGGGUUCCCCUGCCUCCAUAUUGUUGAUGUACAUGGGCUCGGCCCAUUCCCUAUCUCGUAUGUAUUGGGUAUUGGCGGGUUUGGGGAUGCCGAGAGGCUAG